CCACUACCGAUUUGCCUUCAAAUUCCUUUUUGCCUUUCUUUUGGAAUAAACCAUUGGAUAGGGAGUCACCGGGCUUGGCCUCGUCAUCGGGCUUGGCCUCGUAUCAAUACUCCCUCUGUGCACUUUCACCUUAUCCUCAAGUUAAGAGAUGUGAAAAAUGGGAUGGAUGCUGGAGGUGGAAGGGAGAUCAAGUUUAUAAGCAACUCCGGCCAAUUUGUCGCGAGCAUUACAUACGGACCGAAAUAUCUCGACGACAGUUUCUCAUUGAGUUUGUGAGCGAGGGAAUGUUGCCGAUAGGGCCUCAAUUUCAAGUAGACCAUGUCCCCAACGAGUAA